CCCCACCCCCCACUCCCCCCCUCCAAAAAAAAUCUCCUCUUACUGCCCGGUUUCUGGAAGACCAGCCGGAAUCUCCACGAGGUCUCCUGGGGGGAUUUUACAACCAAGCUGGGAUCUAUGAGUGGGAAGGUGAUCAAGCCCAAAGAAGAGAAAGAUGCUGCGAAAGUUAUGGAUGACGCUCCCCCUGGCACACAGGAGUAUAUUAUGUUACGGCAAGAUUCCAUCCAAUCUACGGAAUUAAAGAAAAAAGAGUCCCCCUUUCGUGCUAAAUGCCACGAAAUCUUCUGCUGCCCUCUGAAGCAAGUGCACCUCAAAGAGAACACAGAACCCGAAGAGCCGCAGCUUAAAGGCAUCGUGACGAAACUGUACAGCCGGCAAGGAUACCACUUGCAGCUGCAAGCAGAUGGGACUAUCGAUGGCACGAAGGAGGAGGAGAGCACCUAUACUUUGUUUAACCUCAUACCCGUGGGUUUACGAGUGGUGGCGAUUCAAGGCGUUCAAACAAAAUUGUAUUUAGCAAUGAACAGCGAAGGAUACUUAUACACAUCGGAACAUUUCACACCGGAAUGCAAGUUCAAAGAAUCGGUUUUUGAGAAUUACUACGUUACUUACUCCUCCAUGAUCUACAGGCAACAGCAGUCCGGGAGAGGCUGGUAUUUGGGUCUUAACAAAGAAGGUGAAAUCAUGAAAGGAAACCACGUGAAGAAAAACAAACCCGCAGCACACUUCCUUCCCAAACCAUUAAAAGUGGCCAUGUAUAAAGAACCCUCCCUCCACGAUCUUACAGAAUUUUCACGGUCCGGCAGUGGAACUCCAACAAAAAGCAGAAGUGUCUCAGGAGUCUUAAAUGGUGGGAAAUCCAUGAGCCAAAAUGAAUCGACGUAGCCAGGUUGCAGGGAGAGCAAGUGGAGAGAUGCAUCAAAGGAACCUUACCUCUGGAGUCACAGUCGAACCCUUCCUUAGCAGUCAGUCAUCCAAACGUUCUGUUCCAGACAAGCCGCCGAACUUGCAUCGGGUCAUGUGUCUUUCCAAGCCAUGAGACCUAGUUGUUUAAAAAAAAAGUAUUUUUUUUUUAAAGAGAGAGAUCCAAAUAACAUAGAAUGUGCUUGUGCGAUCUUGCAAGGAUAGUCAAACAAACGUAACUUGCGGCAUAAAAUUGCAGAGAAGAAAUAUCCAUCUCACUCACUCCUUCCGUCUGUCUAAUCUCACCUACACUUUGUGGGGGAAAAUAUUAUUAAGAAGCAGAAAAUGUGUUCAUGGCCCUUAUUACUGAUUGGAAUUUGCUUUUUAAUUAGGCUUGCCAGUCCUGGGUAGGGAAAUACCUGGAGAUUUUGAGGGUGGAGCUGGAUAAGGGCAGGGUUUGGGGAGGGGAGGGACUUCAGUGGGAUAUAAUGCCAUAGUCCACUUUCCAAAGCAGCCAUUUUCUCCAGGUGAACUGAUAUCUGUCACCUGGAGGUUAGUUGUAAUCCCAGGAGUUCUCCAGCCACUACCUGGAGGUUGGCAAGCCUAUUUCUAACAAAAAACCAAUCAGACUACUUUUUUGCUCCUUCAAAAGAAAUUUUAAUGCUUAAUGUGUUUUCUGUAUAGCAGAGGGGCUAACACACACAAAAUGUAAACUCUGAGGUUUUCCUGGCUUGCCAUUUUAUAUCUCUUAAGGCUUGGUGAGAGGGCAACCCCCCCAUGUAUUCUUUUAAUUAGGGAGAGUGGAACUGUUUGAUUUCUUAACUCCAAUGGGUCUUCAAAGCUGUGUCUUUACAAAACAGAAAUAAUGCGAAUUAUUAAUAGAAAAACAAAAAUCAGGUUCUGGAGCUGAGUGUCAAAGUCUUGGGCUCCUGUGAACAGUGUUCUUGUGAUUUUAACACACUGAAAUAUAUAUAUACAGUUUUUUAUAGAUUUGUAGUAAUAAAGUCCUUGUGCUGACCCCAGUCUGUAAGAACCAAAGUGUUAUGUUAACCCAAGUCAGUGGAAGAUAAGCUUUUUUUAAAAAAGGGAUAGAAUUAUCCCCCAAUGUAGAUUUUCUUUCCCCCUCCUAUCUCUCUCUCUCUCUAAUUACAUUUUGUGUAUCGUAUUCAAAAACUAUCGUCGUGGCUUCUUUUCUAAAAGACAGAAACUGUGGAAUUAAGGUGACUUACAAUUUUUUUAUAAGAAAAAUGUCUUAUUUGUAAAACUCCUUUCCCAUGUGCUGGAUACAUGAAAUUUGGGUAGAAGGAAGUGUCAUGACACAUACCCUCCAAACAUGCUGAAGAGCAAAACAUGGGACAUGGUCCAGUUCCUUCUACCUAUUGAGAGAAGGUUGCCAUGAGGGGGUUGGGUUUCAGAAAUAUGUAGCGUAGCCUUCCCCCUCCUCCCCCCCCCAAAAGGGUGAAGCUGCUGGCAAUUAUAGGAGAGGCAUGAGAUGCAUCUUGGCAUCCCAUGACUGGCCAUGAGCACUGAAAUGAGCCCAGCAUUGCAGGGGAGAGAUACGGUACAUUUCCACCUGGAUCCCUGGUAGCUCUUUCUUUCUUCAGGCAGAAGGGACUGGAUCAAGCCCUCCCCUUCUUCUUUUUUUUAAUCAAAAAUCUUUUGUUAGGUUUCCAUUUUAGUUCAUCAUAUCCGUUGCAUGGAAGAAAGUUGGAAUAUUGGCUUAAGAGUUGCAUGACAUGUAAAAGAGUUUUGUGCAUUGCGCUCUGUUGGCAUCUGUUGCAGAUUAUGUACAAAGCUGACCUGGUUCGGCACAAGCCGUUCCCUUCCGCUUUGGACAGAAGAGAUGUUUAUUAUUUGUUGUAUACGACCACGCACUGAAUAAACUAUUUAUAGUAAGAUGUA